GAUUUGUGAUUUUGUAAUUUGUGUUGAGUCGGCAAAGGGGAGUUUCGUGUUGAUAAUUUCAAAUAUCAAUAUUACCGGCUACCGCAUUGGACUUACUAAAAAACUAACAAAAUGUCUCGACAAGUUUCACGGCUCGACGCCAAGAAAGUUAAUUCCGAGCUUCUAACGCUCACAUACGGCGCUCUGGUGUCUCAAAUGCUGAAAGAGACUGAGAAUCCUGAAGAUGUGAACAAGCAACUGGAAAGAAUCGGCUAUAAUAUGGGCGUGAGACUGAUUGAAGACUUCCUGGCUAGAACUACGUCGACUAGGUGCUUGGAAAUGAGGGAAACUGCUGAUAAGAUACAGCAGGCUUUUAGGCUAUACCUCAACAUGCAGCCAACAGUGACAAGCUGGAGCAGUUCCGGUGACGAGUUCUCUCUGGUCUGGGAUCAGUGUUCUCUCAGCGAGUGGGUGGAGAUGCCCAAUAAUGGCUUGAAGUACUGCGCGCUCAUACCGGGAGCCAUUAGAGGGGCGCUACAGAUGGUGCAGCUUGAAGUACAGUGCUGGUUUGUGCAGGACCAGCUGAAAGGCGAUCCAGUAACAGAACUUCGCGUAAAAUACAUCAAAAGACUGGAGGACGCAGUUCCCGCCGGCGAAGACUAGACUUAUUCCAAUGAUAAUUAUUAUUGUUUAAAUAUAUUUCUAUUAUUAUUUAUAGAUACCCUAAAAAUAUAAGUAUAUUAAUCUAUCCAAAA